UCGCUGAAUCAAGCAAAGCGAAUAUGUGGCUACUGAGGUCUUCCUUAAUCUUGGCCGUGGCUGUUAGCCUGGCCACGGCAGAGGAGAAGGCGGAGAAGGACACAAAGGCUGAAUCCAGCAAUGUUGAAGACAGCAAAAAACAAGACAAAAGAGGUUUAUCAGACUUAUAUGGCGACCAUGGCUACGGCGGUGGUUACGGCGGCGGUUACGGCGGUGGUUACGGCGAUGGUUACGGCGGGUCUUACAGUAGUGGUUAUGGAAGCCAUGGCGGCCUUGGAGGAUCUCUAGGAGGUUUCGAAGGAGGCAUCGGGCAUGGUCAUGAAGAACAUGAAAAGACUGUGACAAUUGUGAAAAAUGUCGCAGUACCAUACCCUGUUGAGAAACACAUCCCUGUACCAGUGGAAAAGCACGUCCCAUACCCAGUCAAAGUGCCUGUGCCUCAUCCAUACCCCGUAUACAAAACGGUUCACUACCCGGUAAAAGAGUUUAUCAAAGUACCCGAGUACAUUUCAAAGCCAUAUCCCGUGGAAAAGGAAGUAGCUGUUCCAGUGAAGGUCCACGUUGACAGACCAGUGCCAGUCAAAGUUUACGAGCACGUUCCUUACCCAGUGGAAAAACAUGUCCCCGUACCUGUCAAAGUUCACGUACCCCAACCCUACCCAGUAGAGAAACAUGUACCAUUCCCGGUUAAGGUUCCAGUCAAAGUGAACGUACCCUACCCAGUAGAGAAGAUAGUCCAUUACCCUGUACACGUACACGUUGACCACCCAAGGCCCGUACCAGUUGAAAAGCCUGUGCCAGUACCAGUCGAAAAGCCUGUUCCCUACCCCGUGGAGAAACCUGUACCCUACCCAGUGAAAGUACAUGUAGACCGCCCAGUACCAGUGCACGUAGAGAAACCAGUGCCUUAUCCAGUCAAGGUUCACGUACCAGCUCCUUACCCAGUCGAAAAAGUCAUCCCCUACCCGGUUGAAAAGAAAGUGCCUAUUCCAGUGAAGGUGCCAGUUGACAGGCCAGUGCCAGUCCAUAUCGAGAAACAUGUACCGUACCCAGUUGAAAAGCAUGUACCCUACCCAGUUAAGAUCCCGGUACCAAUUGUGCACCACGAAGAGCACCAUGGCGGUGGUUACGGCGGUGGCAGCAUCGGCGGUAGCUAUGGAGGCCAUGAAGGCUUAAGUGGUGGCUUUCAUGAAGGAGGAUUGAGUGGCGGCAUUGAAGGUUACGGUGGCCAAGAAGGUGGUCUUGAAGGUUACGAUGGCCAUGAAGGUGGUCUUGAAGGGCUGGAAGGCCACAGCUUAGGAGGUUACGAGAAUGGUCACGAAUACCAUCAUUAAUAGUCUGAUCUCUUCUUUGUUUUUUAGCUUUAAAUGUUGAUUUGUGUUUAGUUGUCGACUAAGUAUUUUAUUUCCUAUGU